UCAGAUUCUGAGUAGAUAGUAGAUACCCCUCGUGUGCUUUCCUACAUCCUCCAUUAAUGCCUUCUUGAAAAACUCCAAAAACCCACCUUUCUUUCUCUUUCCUAAUAAACAUCAUUUAUAUACACUCACACACACACAUAUAUAUAUACGCAUACCACCACCACGUAUUCAAAUAGAUAGAUUAUACACAAAACCAAUGUACAAAUAAGACAGAAAGAAAGAAACCAACAUGGAAUCCCCUGUUUUUCUCCUCCUCUGUUUAUCAAUCUCUACCGCCGUUUUCUUCCUUCUGUUCCUCCGGUCCUCCAGGCACCGCCGGCUCCGGUUGCCGCCAGGGAACCUGGGCUUACCCUUAAUCGGAGAAACCCUUCAGCUGAUCUCGGCCUAUAAGACCGAGAACCCGGAGCCCUUUAUCGAUGAGCGGGUCAAAAAGUUCGGGUCGAUAUUCACGACUCAUGUGUUUGGCGAGCCGACGGUUUUUUCGGCGGAACCGGAGACGAACCGGUUCAUUUUGCAGAACGAAGGGAAGCUGUUCGAGUGUAGCUACCCGAGUUCCAUAUCUAACUUGCUUGGGAAACACUCUCUGCUUUUGAUGAAAGGGAGUCUCCAUAAACGAAUGCAUUCUCUCACUAUGAGCUUCGCAAACUCUUCGAUCAUCAGAGACCAUCUUUUGGACGAUAUAGACCGCUUGAUCCGCCUAAAUAUGGAUUCCUGGACCGGCCGUAUCUUUCUCAUGGAGGAAGCCAAGAAGAUAACAUUUGAGCUAGCGGUGAAGCAACUAAUGAGCUUUGAUCCAGGGGAGUGGACUGAGAGUCUAAGAAAAGAGUAUCUUCUGCUAAUAGAAGGCUUUUUUACCAUACCUUUUCCACUUUUCUCUACCACCUAUCGCCGUGCCAUUAAAGCUAGGAGUAAGGUGGCAGAGGCAUUGAGCUUGAUAGUGAGGGAAAGGAGGAAAGAGAGUGAAGAUGGGGUGGUAAAGAAAGACAUGUUAGGAGCUCUCUUGGGCGGAGACGAUGGCUUCUCCGACGAAGAGAUUGUUGAUUUCUUGCUAGCUUUGCUUGUGGCUGGCUAUGAAACUACUUCGACUAUUAUGACUCUUGCUGUUAAAUUCCUCACUGAGACACCUCUCGCUUUGGCUCAACUCAAGGAAGAGCAUGACCAAAUUCGAGCUAAAAAGAACAAGCCUUCAAAGGCACUGGAGUGGAGUGAUUACAAGUCAAUGCCAUUCACUCAGUGUGUUGUUAAUGAGACUUUGCGUCUGGCAAACAUAAUUAGUGGAGUAUUCAGGCGAGCCAUGACGGAUGUCAAUAUCAAAGGUUACACAAUCCCAAAAGGAUGGAAAGUUUUCGCAUCGUUUCGAGCUGUACAUCUAGAUCAAAAACACUUCAAGGACGCUCGCUCUUUCAAUCCAUGGAGAUGGCAGAACAACUCAGGAGGAACAACCACAACAACAACAAGUUCCAUGAAUGUGUUCACCCCGUUUGGAGGAGGGCCAAGGCUUUGUCCCGGUUAUGAACUUGCUAGAGUAGAACUCUCUGUUUUUCUUCAUCAUUUAACCACCAGUUUCAGUUGGGUUCCAGCUGAAGAAGAUAAGUUGGUGUUCUUUCCAACUACUAGGACUCAGAAAAGGUACCCUAUCAUUGUGAAGCCUAGGAAUCUCGACUGCCCACCCAUGUAAAGAGUAAGAUCCAAACCAGAAAAAAACAAGAUAAGAUAUGGGCUUCAGGGAAUGUAGCUAGCUAUAGGUCGGCUAUGCAAUCUUGUUUGAUCUUUGUGAUCUAAGGAAAUAAAGCUAAUAUCUUUUUCUUUUUUCUUCUA